AUGUCCACCCUUACAACACUUUCUGUUCUAACAAAACCCUACUGUCCGUCCGGAGACCCUUUUCUGCUUAACUACUUCUGCGGGCGGGGCGGCGAGCGCUGCCCUCCAAGAUAUUAUUGCGAGAUCGAAUCUGCUGACCGCUGGGCUGUGUGCUGUCCUACAGGAGACCCCUACUGUCCGUCCGGAGACCCUUUUCUGCCUAACUACUACUUUUAUGUGUGCAGAGACCCCUACUGUCCGCCCGGAGACCCUUAUCUGCCUAACUACUACUGCUAUCCCUACUGUCCAUCCGGAGACCCUUACCUGCCUAACUACUACUGCGGACGGGGCGGCCAGCGAUGCCCUCCAGGCUACUACUGCGAGAUCGAACCGACCGACCGCUGGGCUGUUUGCUGCCGCACAGAAGGUCAGUGCCCUGAUGUUACCGGCCAGGUGGGCAUCUGUGUGGAGGCGUGUAGCAGCGACUUCGACUGUCCCAACGAGCAAAUCUGCUGCUCCAAUGGCUGCGGACACACCUGCCAAGACUCCGUCCUCAUGCCCAUGCCUGAACCGAGGAAGCUGACCUGCUCCAUUGACCUGAUCAUCGUGAUCGACCUGUCCCCGAGCCUGUCCCAGGCAGCCUUCUUCUUCAUCAAACGGUUCAUCAUAGACCUGAUCCUCUGCCUUAUAGAGCUGUGCGUGGAUGUGGGGAUCGGCAUCAUCACGUACGACUGCGUGCCGACCUGGUACCUGCCCGUGCGCACCUAUGGUCUGACGGACCCGAGGCUGAUCGGCACCGCCAGCGGUCUGACGUACACCCGGAGCGGCAGCGGCUCGAGCCGGACCGGGCUGGCUCUCCGCUACAUGACCGACACGUAUAAGGCGGAUGUCCGUGACGCUUCAGCAGUGGUCAUGACAAGUGGAGAGCACCUAGAGAAGUAA